AUGGUCAGUGCUGCCGCGGUGCUCGAGCCAACACCAUCGCUUUUCGCGCAUGCCUCGAUCGCAGGAUGUCAAACGGCCGUGACAAAAGAACACGGUGAAUUUUAGUGAAUAUCUGUGAUGUGCGAUUAAUGGAAAGUUCUUUUUUUUUUUUUGCCCGCCUUCACCAUGAAAAAUUCAUCUGCAUUACGAGAUCUAUUGUUAAUUAUUUGGUUCACAUUAAUGGUUCGUGUAAAAUCUGCGAUAAUGCCUCCUCCGUGGGCAGAUCCGUCAAGCAAUCCUUGUGCCGCUCAACCACGUGGUUGGCAAUUGUUAUUUUGGCCGCCGGAUGGAAAGUGUUACAAAAUAUUCCAGAUUGGAGCACCAUGUCCAGAGACAAUGGAACUGAGUCCAGCAGCAGGUGGAGGUGGGACUAUAGCUGAAUGUAGAUGCCCUCCAGGAACUGCACAAUCUCCUAGAGAUGCGCUAUGUCAUAAGAUAUAUACAAGAGCAUCUUGUCCAAAGGGACAGUUCUUUGCACCUGUACCAGAGACAUCUGGGAGAUCUAGGUGGGGUGUAUGUCAUGAUCCAGAACCAUGCAAAGAAAAAGGAGAAGUCUAUUGGCCUAGAGACAAUAAAUGUUAUCCCAAAUUUAGCAAAGGACCAUGUUCAAAAGGGGAACUUCUCACCGUAGAUGAAGAUGGACUAACAUUAUGUUCUUGUUCUACAAAUGGAGAACUUGGACGAUAUCAUUGGGCAGGUAAUGGCGGUGGUUGUCACGAACAUUACACUAAAGGACCAUGUACAGAACCAGGAGAAUUAUUUUUACCGGGUGGUAUAUGUGGCUGUCACUCUAAAUUACCUCACUAUCAUGAACCAACUGGAAUGUGUUAUCAGUUAGGUGAUAUUGGUCCAUGUUUACAAGGUCAUCACUUUAUUGUAAUAAAUACAAUAAUCAAUGGAGGAGAAAUUCGUGCUAAGUGUGUAUGCAAACCAGGUCAUGUUCUUUAUAAAAAUGGAUUUUGCUAUAGACUUUAUACAAAAGGACCAUGUGAAAAUGGCUAUAUGUUAAUAAACUCAAUGACUUGCAUUCCUAUACCUUGCACACGAGGACGAUUAUAUUUUCCACAAGAAAAAACAUGUUACAAAAUAGGAACAAGAGGACCAUGUCCGAGAGGACAAAUUGUUUUGUACGAUUAUAAUGUACGACCAUCUGUUGAUGGAAUCAGUUAUAAUGGAGUAUGUGGAUGUAUAAAUGUACAAAAGAACUUGGAAAAAUGUUUCGAAGAAACUAAUGACAGUUGCGAAUCCACACCGGGAAUGGUAGAAAUAAAUAAAACUUGUUACAAAUUAUAUACACAAGGACCUUGUACUGCAGGAGAAUGGUUAGUUGCACAAAGAAUGCCAAAACAGAGUUUAUGGAAAAAUGAAGAAUUAGAAUCAAGAGCUAGAUGCGAAUGCAGACCCGGAUAUAAGAGAAUUACAGAUACUUUUAAAACUUCUGAAUUAGAAAGUAAUAGUCUUCUUUCUUCUGGUGGUUGUCAACCACCUACUGUAAGUUUAGCAAAGUUUCUCAAUGAAAAAGCGAAAUCGAUAAAUUUUUAAAUGAAUAAGAAUAAGAAACUUUUAACGAAUAAGAACUGAAAUGAGAGACUAUGAAUAAUAGCAUAUGUCAGUGAUAAAAUGCAUUUUCUUAAACUAUUAUAUGUAAAUACUAUUGUAUAAAUAUUGUUUAUAAAAUAUUCUCAUGAA